CUUGAAUUUUGUCUCGUGCAGAUCUCCCUCGUUUUGAGAGGAAACAGUUGACCCGCCUCUGUGUUAUGAACCGUUUCCUUUAACUGCUUGGAUUCCUGUACAGCGGCGUUUUAUUUACCGUAAUAUAGCGCUAGCCACAUGCACGUAGUUUAUCGAGCUGUCGAUGGACUUUCCAUAGCCUAAAACGUGUUUAAAACACAGUGUGGUUAUGACCUUUUAGCUGUCGCUCUCGACAAAUGAGGAACUACAAAAUCUAGAAGUGGUGUAAUGGCUCUCGGAGUUGACAAGGCUUUAUCAGACACCUCUUCACAGAUGGAGAGCAAGAGCUAUGGGUGUUGGAAGACUAGGACCCCAGAGUUCUUUCGCAGAGGUCACUCUAAACCCCUCAGUCAAAGGGUAAUUGAGAGGACAAGGCCUGCAAAUGUCCUGGGGACCAAAGACUCAGACACAGAGAGGAGUGGCUGCAAAAAGACAGUCACAAUGGCACCUGUUUCCAGGUAUAUGACAGACAGAAGCCUCUAUACCAUGAGAAAACCACUGACCUCCGCACAAUGCCAGAUUCCCAUCCUGAAGAACUCAUCCACAUAUGAAGACUCAGAGAUGAUCAAUUACAAAGCAGAUUCCUCUAAAGAAAAGGACAAAAGUCUGGCCAAAGAGUCAUUCAAAAGGAUCACACAAGCUUCUCCUUCUCCAUAUUAUAAAUCCUCCCCCGCAUUAUCCAGAGAAGACCUGGAUACUUCCAUGAAUCUAUCGGACCUUAGACUAGGGUCAUGUGACGAGGAUCCUAUUUUUACCUCUUCAGCUACCAAACGCAGUCUGUCCAGUCCCCUUUCAGCUUCUUUGAGCCUUACAGAACCCCCAGUGCCUAAGUGGAUGUCCACUCCUAGAAGCACCUCUCACUUGUCCAAUCAUAUGUCUUGUUUCACGAGAAAGGUAAAAAACACAAGUGAGAUGACGGAUACAGGAAGAGAUUCUCUUCUCAACACAGGAUCUUCUGAGUUUUAUAGUAAGAACCAUCAACGUGGGUUCGAACACAUGUCUCCUCAUCAGGCCAACUAUUGGGCCUGUGCCAUCCCCAACUCCAUGCCACCCUCCCCAAACCGCAAUUCCCCCAGCUGGGAUCCUGAAAAGGAAUACCAGGCACUCCUGGACUACACAUACCCUCUGAGACCCAACAUCAAAGGCACAUGGGGUUCACCAGAUGGAGAUCUCCUCUCACAAAAUUAUCCGUUGUUGCAAGACUCAGGCAUUGAGUUGGACCGCUUGUGCAGCUCUUCCACCCUGUCCUGUUUGGACCUAUCCCAUACAGGGACUCGGCAGAGAUGCUUUAGUCCAGGAACAGGUCGAAAGUCAACUGAGUUUCCUGCUCUAAACAAAUCACACUCAAAGUCCUCAGAUGGUAUUAUGUCCAGUAGCCUGUACUCCUCACUAGACCAAACUGGCUUGUCAAUUGAGAGUCUUGACUGCGACGGGAAGCCAGAGGGUCAUUACCGUAAAUUUGGCAUCUUCUCAACCUUCAGAUCUGCCCCCACUUUCAUUAGUUCAACACACGUCCUUACUCGUCCUAAUUCGCAAGACGAGUUAGACGAAGAGUUCCUUCGCCUACCAGAACAUCUACAGGAACUUCAGGUGCUUUCACAGCAACUGAGGGACAUUAGUGACCAGAUAAGCCAACCGGUCAUCACCAGCUGGGAAUCCCUGGAGAGCGACAUUACCUCAGAGAGAUCACCAAAGGUCCAAGUGGGAAAGCAUGAACCGUUGAUGGAAGAAAGCGGCGAUGAAGACAUUGAAGCGAGAAGGGGAUCUGGUUCUGAAGUUCCUCUUACACCUGAGGUUCAUUUAGAGAAAGCAAAGGAUCCUGCUGCCAGAAUCCAGAUGAUAAGUCGAGACGUGAAUAGAAGGAACCUGAGGGAGGUGGAAGCUAUUAUGGAUCAGCUGAGUGGAUUGUCAAUGUCAGAGCUUCAGAGGACAAUACAAACAGACCAGGAUGAAUAUGAGACCCAGGAGUCACUAAUGCAGCACAUACAGGUAUUUUGCUCAAACCUAGAAAAGCUAAUUCAGUGGCUACACAAGGUGGUAGAGAAAGUAGAUUUUCUAUCUCCUCCCAUGGUUGAAUUGGAGAGCGUCAAAGCCUCCUUGGCCGACUACAAGAGUUUUCAGGAAGAAGUUCAGGCUCAUAAGCCCCUCACGGCAGAUGUUCUUCAGACUGGAGAGAUGCUUUUGCAUUGCAUGAAUUCAGCCUCUCCGUUUCUGAAAGACACACUGGUGCUAAUAGAGAGGCAGUCUCACACACUGGAAACUCAUUCAGAGUAUCUUUUCUCCUCUAUUCUGUCAGCCAUGGACAGCCUUACUGACCCCAGAUCUGAGGAAGCACCAGAAGCAAUUGCCUGAGAAUUAUUAGGAAUCUGGGAAGGCAAAUAUCUGGUCCGCACACUGUCUUCACUGAGGCGUCUUUUUUGAGUGUUUUCAACUUGACUCAUGUCGCCAUUAUCUUUGUUUUACAAGUUUACUGUAUCCAGAACUGGUGUUAUGUGCUGUCUCGCUUGAGUUGUGUCAUACUUUUUGAUCCACUUCAAAUGUUGACUACUGCAAUUUAACAUGUAUGUCAGAAAAUGUCCUUAGAUGGCCUAAUUUAGUAAUAUUGUUAAAGUAACACAACUCCGCAGAAGAGGUGCACAUAUGUGCCAAUCAUGAUUGUGAUCUCAGAUUAUUAUUACCUUAAGUUUUAAUGGAGGACAGCCCAGCCUUCAUUUACAUCUCUGCAGCUUUAGUUUCCCUUCUGAGUAACCUGUGCCUCGAAAAUUUAUUGUAUUUUUUGACCGACUAUUAGUGUCAGUAAUGGUAUAAUGAUGAAUAUAUGAAUAAUCUGUUGGAUGAGCAUUCAUACUUGACUGUUCCCCCAAAAAUGAAAAUUGUGUCUUUCUAAAACUGUAUUACUUUCUUUUGUUGAAUGUAAAUGCGUCUCAGUGUUUUUGUUGAUUUUGUCUACACAAUAUAAGUCUAAGGGGUUCAAUGUUGUGUUGUUACCAAAAUUGUACAAAUAUCUUUUUUUUGUGUUCACAUUUGGAGAUGUCAAAGGAACAAAAUUCAAUAAACAAAUGAUGGUGCAUAAUUCACGUGGAAUGGACUCAGCUGAAAGAAUGUGACGGCAAACAACAAAACCUUGAGGCAGAAAGUUUUGGAGAACUUCUACUGUAGAGAUCACAGACUGAUGUGUAACUGUUUUGCCUUUAUGUAUAAAAACUAUUUAACAAUAAACUAAUUUCCUUUUUC